GGGCAAACUGACCAUGGAUGGUGAACGGUUGAGAAGCCAGAUGCAUUGUGGGAAAUCGUCUUUCUCCUGGGCCCGUUUCCUAAACUUUGCUUCUGGGACAGAGCCCUGGGGAGGCGGAGGGAGAGAAUGAGUGAAUGCGCAUGCCUGCUCUGGCCCCUUCAGGUUGAGCGCGAGGAGAGUGCGGUGCGCACGCGCAGCGUCCUGCCCCCGCUCUUGCCUCUGCGUGUGGCUUCCCGUCAGUACGCAUGCGUACAACGAUCGCGGCCUUAGGACGGCGGUUUCUCGCGACCCAGCAGCCCGGACCAGCUCAAGCCUCAAGGGAGGUGAAGGACCCCAGCCCCAAGAAAAGACUCCCCGGAGACCCCCCCUCCUGCAGCCUCCCCGGCCUGACCAUGUGGCUGGGGAGGAAGGCGCUCUGCGCUCAGGAGCCACUGACUGUUCAGCCUCGGGACCCGACGCCGCGGAAGAGAGGCCCCGCCCUUCCCCUGGACAGGACCCCCAUGGAGGAGGAGGAGGAGGAGGAGGAGGAGGAAGAAGGGCCCUCUGAGCCUGUGGCAGCUGGCUUGCAGGACCCAGUGACCUUGCGGGACGUGGCCGUGCACUUCACCUGGGAGGAGUGGAGACUGCUGACGCCUGCGCAGAGGGCCCUGUACGGGCACGUGAUGCUGGAGACCUUGGAGCACCUGGUCUCUGUGGCAGGGCUGCCCAUCUCCAAACUGGACAUGAUCUCCCUGUUGGGGGGCGGCGAAGCACCACGGUGGCCUGGACAGGACUUCCCAAGAAGACGCUGUCCAGGUUCCCUCGGUCAGGAGAUACAAUGUGAAAUGAAGGCCUCAAGUCUGAUGUCAGACAGUUGGAUGGGAACCUCACCCAACAAAAUUCUGCCAAAAGAUACUUCCUGGUAUUCCAUGAAAAGAGAAAUUCAUUUCAACUUAGAAAGACACAAGGACAACCAAGGAAGAUGGUCCAGACAAGUAACAGCCAUUCCUAAAACAACUUUUAAUGUACCUCUCUGUAAUACAUUUGGGAGAAGUUUGAGUCUGGGCUCGGUCUCUGUUCCACUCCACAGAAGUGCCACAAGAAAGAGUAUUCAUAAAUCUCCAACAUUUGGAAAGAGCUUAUGGAAUUUUUUAAACUUCAUUACAUCUAAUGCAUUAUCCUUAGAAAAGAAUCUUUCUAAAUAUGACAAAUGCAAGAAGCCUUUCAAUUACCAAUCGGACUUAAUUAAAUUUCAUCAAAUAAAUAAUGGAGAAAAGCUACAUGAACAUAAUGAAUGUGGAAAAGCCUUGAAUGGAAGAUCAGAUCUUACCGGACAUGAGAAAAGUGGAAUUGGAAAGAAACAUUAUAAAUGUGACGAAUGUGGAAAAGCCUUUAACCACAGGGGAAGUUUGACUAAACACACUAGAAUUCACACUGGAGAGAGACCUUUUAAAUGUAGUGAUUGUGGGAAAGCCUUCAGUGAGAGAGGAAAACUCAAAAGUCAUCAGAGAACCCAUACUGGAGUGAAGCCCUUUGAAUGUAACGAAUGUGGGAAAGCCUUUAGUGUGAGGGGAAAUCUCAAUGCACAUCAUCGAAUUCAUGCAGGAGUAAAACCCUUUGAGUGUAAUGAAUGUGGGAAAGGCUUCAGUGAAAGUAGAUUGCUCAAAAGCCACCAGAUAACUCAUACUGGAGUGAAGCCAUUUCAGUGUAAUGAAUGCGGAAAAGCCUUCAAUCAGAAAGGAAACCUGAUGAGCCACCAAAGAACUCAUACUGGAAUGAAACCUUUUCUGUGUAAUAAAUGUGGGAAAACCUUCAACCAGAAGCGUUUCCUUAAAAGCCAUCAGAAAAUUCAUACUGAAGAGAAGCCUUUUGAAUGUAGUGAAUGCGGGAAAGCCUUUAGCCAGAAAGGUUAUCUUAAAAAUCAUAAAAAAAUUCAUAGUGGAGAAAAACCAUUUGAAUGUAAUGAAUGUGGGAAAGCUUUCCGUCGGAAAGGAUACCUUAUUACUCAUUGGAGAACUCAUACUGGAGUGAAAGCUGUUGAGUGUAAUGAAUGUGGAAAAGCUUUUAGCCAGAGGGGUUACCUUAAAAGUCAUAAGAGAAUUCAUGCUGGGGAGAAGCCCUUUGAAUGUAAUGAAUGUGGGAAAGCCUUCAGCCAGAAGAGUUACCUUAAAAGUCAUCAUAGAAUCCAUACUGGAGAGAAACCAUUUAAAUGUAAUGAAUGUGGGAAAACAUUCAGCCAUAAGGGUUACCUCAAAAGUCAUCAGAAAAUACACAGUGGAAAGAAAUUUGAACAAAAUCAACGUGAGAAAAUCUUCAACCAGAAUUGCCUUGGUGGCCGUCAGGAAAUUAAUGGCGGAGUAGAGCCCUUUGAAUAUGAUGAAUGUGGCAAAGCCAUCGGUGAGAAGGAAGCCCUUAUUAGACAUCAGAGAACUCAGACUGAUGUGAAACAUUUUGAAUGUAAUGAAUUUGGGAAAGGCUUCUGCAGGAAAGCACGUCUUAUUACCCAUCACAGAAUUCAGACUGGGUUAAAACUUUUUGAAUGUAAAUGAAUGUGAGAAAGCCAGCAGUCAGAGUAUAUAUUUUACUAUCCCAUAAAAAUACUUCUAUGUUAGAGAAACUAUUUUAGUAUAAAGAGUGGGAAAGGGGCUUCUGAAAAAUCAAGAGCCUUAUUAAACAGCAGAAAACUCAUAUUUGGAGUGGGACAUUUUCAGUGUACUAAAUAGCUUUAUCACAAUCAGGUUAUGCCAAAGUCUGUGGCCCGCAAAUAGGAAAUGACUAAACAAAUUGUUAUAUGUGAAUAUGAUGGGACAUUGUUAUGCCGUAAGAAAUGAAGAAUAUGAGAAAUUUAGAAAAUAUGAAAACCAUGGAUACAGAAGGAGGUAAACAACUAGGACGACAUUAUGGCUCCAACAAUGCAAAUGGAAGGAACAACAAAAAGAGACUGAACUCUAGGUAAUAACCAUCUGCAAAUAUGGUCCCAGAGAAUGAGGGGAAAACAUCACUUUCACUUUUUUGUGGAAAUUGCCCUAAUAUUGCUUAUUCUUUGAUACUUUAUUUAUGUUUUGGUUAUUUUGUUGAUCACUUUUUUUUCCCCUUUUCUUCCUUUUCAUUGCUCUCUCCCCUACUCUAACUUCCCCUGACCUUCCAGAAAAUGGCCCACUAGAGGGGAAGUUAAGGAAGGAUAUAUUUGGAAAUGAAGGUGGUAUAAAAAGAAAAUAUACCAAUGAAUUUUAUCUUUUAAAAACUAUUAAAGACUAGAUCAUGCGAGUUUGAAAUUAGGUCCUUUUCUUGACAGUAUAUACAAAAUGUGUAGAUUGAGGAAUAAUGUAGAUGUGACUGAGUUUUUCAUUUCAGCAAAACCUCUUAUAAAUCCUCAUGGGAAAAGGUGAUAAAACCUGGAGUACACAAAAGGCCAAUCUAAUGGAUUCAGAACAAUUGGAAAGACUUGUCCCCACAGAGUUGUUAUCAAUGGAUUGAUAUCAGACUGUAAGCUCUAAAGGGGAUUGCCCCAUGGAAUGAAUGCUCAGACUCAUACUAUUUUAACAUCUUUAUCUACAGCCAGUAAGGUCAUAGAUGCCCAUGUUUAUAAAACUUCAAAUUUAGAAAGGAUAGUUGGUAUAUCAAAUGCUGGAAUCUGGAUCUGGUAAGAUCUUGGCAAUUUAAAAAAAGCUAUCUGAUUGUGUUGAUUGUAUACUCCUAAGCAAUAAAAUCAUUUGAGGAUGCCCCCUACAUAUAUGAAAUUACUUUAUUUAGAAAUAAGUGAUUGACUUAUCUGGACGUCAUUCACAUGUACUAUUUUAUGAUGAUGUCAGGAAAACUCAUCUGUAAACUGCACUGAAGAAGAAAGUGACAAACCCCUCCUUUGCCAGAAAAUCCCAACUUCACAGAAGAGGCAGACAUGACAAAAAUAACUGAAUAACAGCAAUGAUUUUGACAAAUACUUAUUUUUAAA